AUGACUGAGUUGAUAACGACGGAUGAGGUCUUGUUCGACGACAUUGUCGGUCUUCUCGAUUUCAACGGCUCCCUCACACCGAGACUGUCAGUUGGAGAUACCGACGCCCUCACGGCGGCUCUAUUCAACGAAACUACAGACCCCGCAAGGCCAUCCACGGACAACGAUGACAACACCAAGCACGACAGGCGAAUCCGCAAGCGAGAGAGGGAGAAGACUCGACAGCGCCUGUAUCGACAGCGUCUCCGAGACAGUCGAGACGGGCUACAGCGACAAGUUGACGAGCUGUCCAAGGAGCUACAACGCUUGAACGAACAGGCUGCGAUGAGGAAGGAGCAGCAAAUGUGUACUGAUGUCCUCACACACUCUAAAUGGGUCUCAGAAAUAGCUCGACAACGAGAGCAACGCGCGUUAUCUGAAGCCGAACACAAGCGUUUGAUCGCCGCUGUAAACCACCAAGCCUCAUACAUCAAAGGCCUUCGACAGAUGGUCCUCCAUCGAUUGGAUGGCAACGCUGUUUCCUACGGCAAGGGUAACAGCUUCAACUGCUUUAACAACUUCCCGACAAUACACUCUAUGACGAGUGAGCUGUACACGACCUACUUGCAGCAGCUUGAAGGCUCGUACGCUCGUGCCGACAGCGUUCUGAACGCUUGUGGCUUGAUGACGAUGUCAGAGACGGCAGUCGACUCGACCCAUAGAAGCAAAGCCGACAGCGAACUGGCAUAUUUCCAGCACGUUAGCAAAGUUCUGCUGCCCUAUAGUUUCCAGAAAAUAUGUGAGGCUAUCUGGACGACGAUACAUGAGCAAGAGGAGCCAGCGUUUGGCGUCUAUGAGACGGCACCCGACCAUGAUGUUUUUAUCAAGUCGCGUGUGCUCACGUCGCUAAACGUUGGAACUCUGGUACAGCGAUUCAUCUCACGAUACUACGAGGAGGAGAACCGAAUGCUGUUCGUAUGGAAGAUGUCCACCAAGGGCGAAGGAGACUUCAGCGGACUUCACGCAGAUGAGACGACUUGGUUGAGUGUUCGACCAACAGCUACUGGUGCUAUGGUGGAACUUUGUGUACAACAAGUACCUAUUCGUUUCAACUUGGCCUCCAACCGUGAAGCAGCAGAGGAAAUAUUCCACAAAAUGCUCCAUGAAUCACUUAAGGCGGACAAGAGCGGGAUGUUUACGAGGCUGGAGAGCUUGUUACUCGACGACAUUUUGACUGGGAUCGAGUGCUAAAUCGAGUUAAGGAGGGAGUAGAUUUUUUUGAACUGGAACGUAUUGCAACCAACAAGUAACGAAAGACUUUCUCUGCUGGCUUGGAGAAAAGGAAGGGAAAAUUCCAAUCUGGCUCGAUUUGAAUAAUAUUUUUAAUCGGGGACUCAUUCUUUGCGGAGGAAUUUGAAUUGACUUCCAGGAGGGCACAACGGCUACCAGUUUAAAAGCUUAUUUCUAGAUUUGGAAAAUUCAAUAAACGGGUUAUACACUGAGCUAACGAA